AUGCAGGCCAAACCUUUGAUAUUGCCUAGAGUCAAGCAUGGCAACUUGUACCUAGCAGGGAAGAAUGAAGAUACAAAGAAUAAAGCUUUGGAGGGAUCCCUUUGUGGAGAUGCACCUCCUAGAGGGGAUUCGCAGAAACCCUGUCCAACUUCUUGCAUUUAUCAGCAGGCAGCUGUUAAUGCACAUUCGGAGGAAGGACUGUUAAACUCCUUCCAUCAUACUCUGCAGAUCUGGGAAAGUGCUUCAGCUCAGAAUGACAGAAAGUGUGCAGUGCUGCCAUCGUGUGUAAGUGGGAAUCCUUCUGCUCAGCCAGCGGUUCUGAACGCUGCCCUCGGAGCAGAGAGCAACAAAAUGAGGAGAAGUACUUGCUCCUUCCCAGCACUGGAUUUCUCUACCCAAAAGAGAUCUCUCCCAGACAGCAAAAUGCCUGUACUGCCCCAGUCUUCAUCACCUCCCCGUCCAUCCAGAGGUUACAAGAGCACUGAGCAAAGCCCUAAGGUGACUGGAUUCUCUCAGCCUGCUUAUGAUCCACACAAGCCAAGUGAGACCUCUCAGUAUCUGAAAGCAUCAGAACCUUUCCUCCAUCAAGCUGGUACGGAAAGACAACUUGAUGUCAAAGAUAGCAAGCCUCCAAAAGUUAAACCACUUCCUUCAGUUGAAUCUCUUGGUUCCCCUCCAAAGAAACCUCUAAGGCCCCCAAAAGUGAAUCUCUGUGCCUUCUGGCAGUCGGCUCCGCAUGUCAACAGAAAAAACAAAACAGCUGUUGUAGAAGAUGACUACGUGACUCCUGAAAAUGCUGAAUCUGAAGAAGUACAUAAUUAUGAAGAAACCAUGUCAUAUGUGAAACAAUCUGGGAACUCUCUAACCUCGUGUGCCAUUCAGGAUAUUGCUGACUUAUCGAGCACGGGAAUCCGAGAACAUGAAAAGAAGCAGAAAACUUUUCUGUUUGCCUCAUCCAGCACUGAAAGAGUCACAGAGGAUGAAAAAAAGGAAAAAUUGAAAUGGGAUCUUGGUAGAGAGAGGCAACAGCAAAUGAAUAAAGCAUCCAAGAUUAGUGGUGGUGAGGACAUGCUACAUAAAUCACAAAUACAUCAAGGCAAUGAAGGUAGGAAGAACAAGCUACAGGCUAAGCAGGGAGAUACAACUGAUAUCAUCCAAACUGGGAAAUGGCUGGCAAAAGAUGGAGUAGAACAUUCUCGCUAUGUGUGUGUGGGUGCCCUGAAAGCAGAUGAAGACAUGGUGGCUUUAAGCCAAAGGAUUCUGAAGCCAAUGCAGACAUCAGAGGAUGUGUAUGAUGAUGUAGAAGAUAUAAAGCAUGCUGUGAAUCAAGCCUCUGACGCCUUUAGCUCGUUCACUUCAGAUAGCUUUUCAGAAGACAAGUAUGACGAAAUAUAUGAAGAUAUUCAUAAUGGGGAUUAUAAUCCAAUCAAACUGGAUUCAGAUAGAAAAGAAAAACUAAAGCAACUUGGGAAGUUUUUCAAGAAAGACCUAAUUAAAUUGAAGAAUGCCAAGAUGAAGGAAAACCGCCGCAUAUUGUCCAGUUCAGUACCAAACUUAGAGGUGGUGUCCCAAGGAAACAUGGCAUAUGAUGGCAUUGAUGUGGAUCAAAAAGAUGCAAAAGAGAAGGACGACAAACACAAAAAUUGGAAGCUAAAAUUUCUGAUGCCAAAAGAUAAAGAUCAAACAAGAAGCAGUGAAGAUAUAGAAAGUCUUUCCUCUAGAAACUUCUUCAAAGCCAAGAAAUAUAACAUAGACAAGAGAAAGAAGGUGGCAAAAGAAGAGAAGUUAUUUAGAGAGAAAUUUAUGUACAAUAAGGAAAUCACAGUCAUCAACACAGCAGUUGCACACUGUUCUGUCGCAAGCAAAGGAAAACUUGAUUUACCAAUCACCGCCGGAGAACAACUCGAUGUUAUUGACGUCACAGAAGAGAAUCAAGUAAUAUGUCGCAAUUCUGAGGGCAAAUAUGGCUAUGUGCUAUUGGAGCAUUUGGAUUUCAGCCAUUAAUAUUGGUCAUCUGAUGGACAGCCUCUUCCUGGGGAGCCUUGUGGAGAAUCUGCUUUAAGCUUCCCAAAGAUGGUGCAGGUGUGCCUAUACGUGCCAAUUGUGGAAAGCGGAUAUGAAUGUAA